UCACGUGGUCCCGUUUUCUGCCGCGUGCGGCCGUGGCGUCCCGGAACACGAUGACGAGUCUGCGCGCAGUUUGAAGCAGAGCAGCAGCUGCGGCAGACGGACGGAGAGCAGCGGCAGAACCGGACUCCUCCUGCGGGUUUCUUCUCUCCAACGUCUCCCCGGAAUGCUCAGGCGGCGGCAGCUGUGCGGGACGACGGAGCCCGCGUGUGCGUGACCGUACCGCAGCUCGUUACCGACCACCGCCAUGGACACAAACAACAACUCAGGAGGCGUGAUCUCCUACGUGGGUUCCUGUGGAGGUUCUCCAUCCAGAGCCAGUCCGGACUCCAUGUACAGCGAGAACUCCAACCCCUGCUUCGCCUCCUCCUCCUCCUCCUCCUCCUCGCUACCGUCGUUCCUCAGCAGCAGCUCCAGUUCUGGCUCCGCCGGAGACGACGGCUCCUCCUCCACCUCCUCGUCUGCUGGAGGCUCUCCUCGCGGCCGGGACGACGGCAGCGAUGGAACCAGCAACUCUCAGCGAGCGUUGCCCAGCAAAUCGGUGGCCAGCCUGAGCCGGCUCAGCGGCCUGGUGCUGCUCUGCAAGGUCUGCGGCGACGUGGCGUCCGGGUUCCACUACGGCGUGCACGCCUGCGAAGGAUGCAAGGGUUUCUUCCGCCGCAGCAUCCAGCAGAACAUCCAGUACAAGAAGUGUGUGAAGAGCGAGAGCUGCAGCAUCGUGAGGACCAACAGGAACCGCUGCCAGCAGUGCCGCUUCAAGAAGUGCCUCUCUGUGGGCAUGAGCCGAGACGCUGUUCGUUUCGGUCGCAUCCCGAAGCGGGAGAAGCAGAGGAUGCUGGCGGAGAUGCAGAGCGCCAUGAACAACAUGGUCAACAACCAGCUGCAGAACGACUUCCAGCUCGCCACUCUGUCCUCUUCCUCCUCGUCCUCCUCUUCCUCCUCGUCCUCUCCAGGCGUGGCCCUCCCUCCGCAGCCCUCGGCCCUCCCAGUCACUCCGUCUCCUCCCUCGCCUCCUGCGGCACCAGCCUCUUCCUCCCCUCCAUCUCCCCCUCCUCUUCCUCCUCCCGCCUCUUGCCGGAGCUCCUCCUCCUCAUCACCACCCCCCAGCCCUGGGACUGACUCCACCAUCACCGCCAUCUCCCGCGCUCACCGUGAAACCUUCCUGUACGCACACGACAAGCUGACCGGCGGCCAUGUUCCCCCGCAGCAGCAGAUUAGCCACGCCCACCGCCGCGGGGAGGCGGAGCUUUGGUCUAACCGCUGCCUUAACGGCUUUAGUAGCACAAACAGCAACAAUAAUCACGACUCCGGCACGGACGGCUACCUGCUGCAGGAUCACAACGCCACCGAUAAUCGCCAUAGCAACAGUGGGUGGAGCCUGCAUCCUAGCAACAUGAACGGAGGAGAGAACCAUGUGACUGGCAGGCCGACCUGUCCGUAUCAGAACCGCUCUGGGAUCGUUCUGGCCUGUCCCAUGAACAUGCAGCCUCACGCAGACCCGCUAAAAACGCCGCAGGAGAUCUGGGAGGACUUCUCGCUGUCGUUCACCCCCGCGGUCAAAGAGGUGGUGGAGUUUGCCAAACACAUCCCAGGAUUCAGCGCUCUGUCCCAGAACGACCAGGUCACCCUGCUGAAAGCGGGAACCUUCGAGGUGCUCAUGGUGCGCUUCUCGUCGCUCUUCAACAUGGCGGAGCAGACGGUGACGUUCGUCUCCGGCGCCACCUACACCUUGGAGGAGCUUCACGCGAUGGGGAUGAACGAGCUGCUGGCGGCCAUGUUUGACUUCAGCCAGAAACUGGCGUCCCUGGCGCUGAACACCGAGGAGCUGGGCCUGUUCACCGCCGUGGUUCUGGUGUCUGCAGAUCGCUCCGGGAUCGAGAACCUGUCAUCCGUGGAGCACCUUCAGGAGAACCUGAUCCGGGCGCUUCGCUGUUUGGUCAACAAGUCGCCCGACGGCGGCCUCGCCUUCAUGGACUCGCCGCGCUUCACCAAGCUGCUGCUGCGGCUGCCCGACCUGCGCACGCUCAACAACAUGCACUCUGAGAAGCUGCUGUCCUUCCGCAUCGACCCCUGAUGACCUCACGCCCCGCCAAAAUAAGAGCCCGCUUACACCGCUGCUCCUCAGGGGAAAAACAACUGUGAGAUCUGAACUCUCUUACAUUCCCACUUCCUGUUGGGAUCAGCGCCGUCCCGGCUGGUUCUCCAGAACAACCCCCCCCCCCCCAGAGGAGAGCCGCCGGAUGCAAAGACCCUGAGAACGGCGUGGCAGCUCAACCCGGACCUUUCCAGAACCGUCUUGUUUGUUGGCAGGACCUCUGCUGCAGACUCAAACACGCCGUCUGUGUAAACGGAUCUAUUGCUGGAGCCAAACGCCCAGAUCUGCCAUCAGGCCUGUCCCUCUGGCUGUUUCUGAGCUCUGCAGGUCCAGACUGACCGGACCCAAACGUCCAGCUCUUCCUGACGGCGCGGCGCUGUGGAGCCGAGCUGCAGCUCCUCAGCCUAAAGCCUGUAAAUACAUCCAGCUAUACUUGAAGUGUUGGCAUUUGUUACUCGUCUGUGUUCAUAUGAAAAUACUGUGUGAAAAUGUCCGAUGCUAAACGAGAGGCGCACAACGUGUUCAGCAACAAAAUCUUCUUAUGUCUGCAUUUUAAUCUGUUUUAAGGACAAUUUAUGUAAUUAUAUAAAUUCUCACUGAAGAUGCUGACCUGUGGCUCAUUUCCUGUUUAACUGCUUAACUUCCUUAAAA